AUGCGAGAAAGAGAAUGGAAUGAUUGGCAACAUGAAUGUCUUACUUUACCAGCAAUUAAAGAAGAGAAGAAUCUCAUUUAUAUGUUGCCAACCAGUGGAGGUAAAACACUUGUUGCUGAAAUCUUGAUAUUUAAAAGACUAUUAUGCAAUAAACAAAGUGCAUUGUUCAUUCUACCUUACAUUUCAAUUGUUCAAGAAAAAAUCAAAUCGCUUUCUCCUUUUGCACUUGAAUUAGAUUUUCUAAUAGAAGAAUAUGCCGGAAGCAGGGGAAGAUUUCCACCCGUAAAAAGACGUAAACGGCAGACUUUAUUCAUUGCAACCAUUGAAAAAGCUCAUUCAUUAAUAAAUUGCUUUCUUGAAUCAAAUAGAACUGAAGAAUUGGGUCUUGUAGUAGUAGAUGAAGUAAGUUUUUUUUAAGUAUUUAUGAUACUAUUUUAAACAUAAGUAAAUUAUAAACAUCAAUAAUAUAUCAAAAACAUGAAUAAAUUGUAACAAAUAUGAAUAUAAAAAUCAGUAAACUAUAAAAAACAAGUUUGCAUGUAUGUUGAAGUAACAACUCUCAACAGAUCUUUCUUUAGAAUAUUGUUGGAAACCAGUUAGUUCCAGUGAAAACUUUACUACAAGUGGGCGUGAAAUUCUAGAUUUCCACAGUAACUUAAAGAAAAGAUCAGUUGUGAAUUGUCACUUUGUCAUUAAGGAGUUAUUUUAUUAUGAACGUUAACUUGUUUUUUUUAUACAUUUCUUAAGACUAUAUAUACAAAAUGAGUCAGUUCCAUUCUGUCCCUUCACACACUGUUUGAGGUAAUAGCAAUUCCAUGGCGGAGUUGACUUUUUAUUGUAGGCUACUCAUAAACCACACAAUGCAA